CUCAGCUGUACGACAUAUGGUAUUAUGCAAUCAAAAAUAAUGAAAAUAACAAGGCAAUUUAUCAGGAAUCAUGUAUGGAAAUGAUCAUAUAUUUCCCACGUGUCGGGAAUAACAAACAAAAGACUGAAAAGUUACUUGAAACUCUUACUAGUCCUAUUUAAAGUUUACAAAUUGAAAAUGAGCGGCAACAAGUCUGACGAAGAUGGAUCACUUCAUGCUAUGGAAAACUUCAAGGACUACGAUCCUGAAAAGUUGUCCUGCGUUGGCCAAUAUACAGAAGGCGAAUAUGCAGAGACCAGCAAGCUUCCGUUUCAAGACCUCCUCAGAAUCCAUCACAAACAGACGGUGUGGGGAUUUAAAUUUGGCAGGGAGUUGCGGGAGAGCACUUUAGCCAGAGAUAAGAAUAUCCAGGGAAAGAGCAGCGAACCCACCACCGAUAUAGACAAUACCAUUGACAGUGACGAAGCGGGUAGCUCGAAAUCCUUUACGGAGAAAGACCACAAAACGCCUCAUUCGAGGAAACGAUCGGGGGCCACUCGGAGCAGCAAACGCAAGAACAUCCACAGAAAUGACUUUGUCUCGCCGCAGAAAACCAGAACGGCGCCUUUACCUCUAAUGGAUUGGGCGGAUUCCAAAGAGGUCUGGCUGUUCAUGGUCUACAAAGAAGAGGCAUCUCUGAAUCUAAGAAACCCCAGGCUGUUUGAGGAUUUCACCAGUUUCGUGCCCAGAAUGAGGGCCAUCCUAUUGGACUGGGUUAUGGAGGUGUGUGAAGUGUACCACUUGAGGCGGGUCACUUACUAUUUAAGCGUGGAUUACUUUGACAGAUUCCUCUCGAUUCGACCGGACGUACCCAAAAACCAACUCCAACUAGUAGGCGUAACGUGCUUAUUCCUCGCUUCCAAGCUGGAAGAAGUAUACCCCCCACGGUUAACGGAAUUUUCAUAUGUCUGCGAUGGAGCCUGCAGCCCCGAAGAGAUCCUAGCUUGCGAACUGUUGAUCCUGAACAGCUUAGGAUGGGACCUGAACAUCAUGACCCCCAGCGACUGGCUGAACUUGUACAUGCAGAUUCACUUCCAAGCGCCGAAAGUAACGAAACAGAAGCUACAUAUCGACAUGAACAGAGGGUUUUUCUUCCCCCAGUAUUCGGGAUAUCAAUUCAUCAGGGCUUCCCAACUUGUAGACAUGCUCAGCUUAGACCCCGGUUUUCUCAAGUUCAGUUACAGCACCAUAGCGGCCGCCGCCAUGUAUUUUAUGUAUGGCAAGAAAGCCGCACUUUCCGCUUCCGGUUUGACCUGGUCCCAGCUCCAGCCUUGCGCCGAGUACAUGGCGGUGUUUUACCACGUCAUAAGGGACAGUCCGGAUCCCCGGUUGUUGUCCUGCAAGGGCGACGCUUCCGUGGACGAGCAGUCGUGUACGUCGCUGGCCAGCGUCCGGCACAAGGUAAAGGAUUUGGUGAAGGAUGAGAAUCAUUCGUUGCAGACUCACGUUGUCAACAUGGAAUACUUUGAAAAAUCCGCAAUAAUCAGGUUGGAACAAAUGGGGCUGAAAGUGGAGAAAACCUAUGUGAAGAAGAAAAAGGGCGACAAAAAGAGUCCCAGCAAGAAGGAGGAGGACCUGACCGACAACAAAGACGAACCGGAAAACGAAGAGAACUUCAGUCUGGUCUGCAUGUACGACGUGGAGAAGCUUUCCUGCGACGCUGUCGCCUUGAGUGGGGAGGACAUCGACAUAAGUCCCAUCUCUACCUCGGAUGCGGACCUGAUAAUACCGGAAGACAGUAAAGCGACUUUAAGUUUCGACGACAUUCUGAACGGUAUAGUCAAAUGUAAUAAGAAAAAUAUACCUGUACAGUUACAGACGCCGAAGGACCUACUGACAGAGCAAGUCGAUAGUAGACUCGAUUAG